GCAAUCUCUAACAGCAGUUCGAAAAUUGUUCACUUCCUGAAUCAGUCGGUUGGUUGUCGGCUUAGAUCCGUGCAGAAUCAUUCAAGCCGUGUGUACGUAGACGUGCUUGGUAUGGUACGACUCAUGUAUUCUGGGCAAUCAUGUAUUUUCGCUAUUCGAUAGUUUUGAUAUUCGUUUCUUGUCCGAUUUCGGUUUUGUGUUCUGGAACAUCUGAUGAUGAUCAUGAAUGCGUGCGUCCUUGUUCCGGCGAAAUGUCUUCGAAAAAAACCUGCGUUUAUAAGUUCUUCGUCACAGAAUCGCACAGUGCAGUAAGUAGUUCCUGUGACAAAAUCGAGGACAAGGAUGAAAUUUCUACGUGUACAAAUAUUAUCACACCAAAGAGCUUUUUGACAAUUAACGGAAGAAGUCCGGGACCAGCUAUACAAGUUUGUCUCGGUGACACAAUAGAAGUUCUUAUUUACAACAAAUUAAAAAGCAGCGAGUUGACUUUCCAUUGGCAUGGAAUCCGACAAAAAGAUUUUAAUUAUAUGGAUGGUGUGUCUAUGAUAACGCAAUGUCCUAUUUUACCCUAUAAUGGUUUUCGUUAUAAAAUAAAUCCCGAGAGUACAGGAACAUAUUUCUAUCACGCUCACUCAGUCUCGCAGCAGGGAGACGGAGUGUACGGGUUGUUGACAGUUCGAGGACCACGUGAUAAUGCCAGUCUGGAAAGGAUACUUGUAUUGUCAUCAAGGUCAUCAACUCCACUGACACAACAAACACUCCUAUAUCCACCUACACCGGAUAAGCUCCUCGUAAAUGGUCAGGUACGAGAGGUAUUUGUGCGAGUGAGGCAUGGAUUUUCCUAUUUAUUACGUCUCAUUAAUGCCAAUGUUUACAACUGUCCCAUUUUACUAUCCGCCCAUGGACACUCGCUCCAAGUACUGGCUGCUGAUGGCAACCCUGUACAAUCGAUGACCGGCACGCAUGUCGUUUUAUUCCCAGGGGAAAGACUUGACUGUAUUCUAAAUGCGGAGCAGACGAUCGGCAAGUAUGCCUUCGACAUUCAGGGUCUUCAAGAUUGUCGUAAUUUGCGUCACGAGGCAUAUAUUUUUUACGAGAAUACCAGAUUGGAUUCAUAUACGAUAAAGACUGGUGACAGCCUCAAUGAACAAGCAUUUAAGAUAAUUGAAAAUGGUCAUCAUUGUCAUAAAAUAUCGAAAAAUAUCAUUUGUUCAUUGGAUCUGAAGAAUACAAAAUUAUCGCAAUUGGCAGAAAAAGCCGAUGAAACAAUUUAUGUGCCUUUCGACACGAAUAUUUUUUCACUCGUUACAGAUGAGAUGACAGACAAUUCUUAUGAUACUUACAAAACAAUGAAACACUAUCCAGCUUAUUUGAGCUUAGAGAAAGGCGCAAGGAAGGUAUCGCAGAUUAAUGGCAUGUCUUUCAAGUAUCCAUCAUCUCCGUUAUUAUCGCAAUCGGAAAAUACUUUGGAAGAGUCGAUUUGCACCCUUGACAAACGUUCUAGCAAUUGCGCCGAUACGUCAUUGUUUUGCGAAUGUUUGCAAAUAGUUCAAGUUUCACCACGGAAAACAGUCGAGAUUGUAUUAAUAGACGAAGGUGUUGGAGACGACGUAUCCCAUACGUUUCAUCUACACGGUUAUAAUGUUAGUAUCGUAGGCCAAGAGAGUUUCAAACGACCUAUUACCAAAGAUGAAAUUAUAUCCUUGGAUCGUGAUAAAAAAAUUCAUCGAAAUCUUGUGAAUCCAGUACGAAAAGAUACUUUUGUCGUACCGAACAAGGGCUAUGUUAUUCUUCGUUUUUACACCGACAAUUUAGGCUAUUGGUUAUGGGAAGCGAGAAGUACUGCUAUACAUCCUCAAUUACUCGGGUCUGGAAUGCAAUUCGUAAUGAAAGUGGGAUUCGAUCGAAAUUUGCCUCUUGUGCCGAUCGACUUUCCAAGUUGCGGCAAUUACAAAGGCAUGAAGUUUGUAAUCGAAAAUAUUUAAUCAUAAAUAUUUUUAAUAUUUUCCUACAUGUAGCACUAUAUGACACAUAAAAUAUCACAUAUAGUACAUCAAAUAUAAUCUUUGAGUCAGAGGAAGGUUGCCCGAUAUAUACCGGACAUUGCUCAUUAUCAGGCAGAAUAUAUUGAAUAUAUUAAUUGAAAAUAAAUUUGUUGUAUGAAUAUGUAAAUUCGUCCUACAAAAUGUACUAAUAUAAUUAAAUUUAAUAAUAA